GCACUUACUGUCGGUGUCGGAGCUGUCAUCUGCUGUCAUCACAGUCACAGCACAGUAUCUGUCUUUCGAAAAAGUUGUAACAGUAAAUAAAUAUAACAUUUCAAUUUUCGUUUGUGCAGAAUAUGGGAUUUUAGUUUUUUCUUAACCAUGGGUGGAGUUUCAUGUGCUGCAAAUGGAUGUAGCAAUAAUCGAUCAAAAAAGAAACCUGGAGUAACAUUUCACAGAUUUCCAAAAGAUCCUGUAAGGCGGGCUAGAUGGUUGAAGGUCAUGCACAAAGCAGAAUGGCAGCCCAAAUACUUUCACAAAAUUUGUUCCGAGCAUUUUGAAGAAAAAAUGUUUAACAAAACUGGACAAAUUGUGCGCUUGAGGGAUGAUGCCGAGCCAACUAUAUUCCCAGGAUUGCCUUCAUAUCUUCAAAUGAAAGCUGAACUAGAGAGAAAGCCACCAAUGCUGAGGGAGCCUUUGACAAAGAAAAGACGAACUGAAGAGGAAGUUCCUCUCUCUCCUUCUAGUAGCUGUGGGAGCACAUCGUUGUCUACUCCUUGUCUAGCUGAAGAAAUUAAGCUAGAAAUUGAAGACGAAGAUAUUCCCCCUAACAGUAGCACUUCAUCUCCGGCACAUUCAAUCACUGAAGAAAUUGUACUGGAGGUUGAAGAUGAAAAUACUCCCGCUACUAGCAACAGUGAAAGGAUAUCGUCUCCUAUUCCUCCGGUCACCGAAGAAAUUGUACUGGAGGUUGAAGAUGAAAAUCCUCCCGCUACUAGCAACAGUGAAAGGAUAUCGUCUCCUAUUCCUCCGGUCACUGAAGAAAUUGUACUGGAGGUUGAAGAUGAAAAUACUCCCGCUACUAGCAACAGUGAAAGGAUAUCGUCUCCUAUUCCUCCGGUCACCGAAGAAAUUGUACUGGAGGUUGAAGAUGAAAAUCCUCCCGCUACUAGCAACAGUGAAAGGAUAUCGUCUCCUAUUCCUCCGGUCACUGAAGAAAUUGUACUGGAGGUUGAAGAUGAAAAUCCUCCCGCUACUAGCAACAGUAAAAGGAUAUCGUCUCCUAUUCCUCCGGUCACUGAAGAAAUUGUACUGGAGGUUGAAGAUGAAAAUCCUCCCGCUACUAGCAACAGUGAAAGGAUAUCGUCUCCUAUUCCUCCGGUCACUGAAGUAAUUAAACUAGAAAUUGAAGACGCAUAUCCUCCCCCUACUAGUGGCACCUCAUCUUCGGCGUCUUCCGUCACUGAAGACGCAGCUGCUCCCCCUAUCAGUAGCACUUCAUCCCCUACCCUUCGUCCCUGUUCUCCCACCAAGGAGCAACUGAAGAAAAUGUUGGAGAAAUCGAUAUUGCAGAAUUUGAAGAGGAGAAAAAAAAUCAAAACUUUGCAGCAGUGUUGUCGGCGGCUUCAGGCAAAAGUCACCCGUUUAGAAAUAAGAUUGGAAUGUGUUGUGAAGCAAAAUGUAAUGAAAUACAGACCUGAUUUACUGAUAAGCUGAAAAUUUUCAUUUUUUAAAAUAAUCGUAUGUACUCCGCAGCAGUGAAAGAUGUAUUGGAUAAGUGCACACAUAGAGCGGCCAGUGAACAAAGCGGAGGAUGUAGAUAUAGAUAUCCAUAUUACUUUCUGUGUGCACAUACCCUUACAAUGGCAAAUGGUGGUUGUUUCCAAGUCUUUAAUUUUGCUUCUAAUUGAGCAAACGCUUUUAAUUUUGAAUGAACGUCAUCAUAAAAUUCAGUACUGUAUAUCUUGAAGUUAUGAUCCAUCCUUUUUUCAACGCCGUUAUUCUUAAUUAUUUAUUGCUGUCUAUGUAUAAAUAUACUACUGCAUAAUAUAAAUAAAAAAUAUAAAUUUCAGUACCCUUUUUAUUUAAAAAAAAUACAAUAAUACUGCAUAAUAUCAGAUACAAGAAAUAUAGCGCUUUCCGCUUGGAUGCGCUGCAAUCGAUUCUGCUUCUGCCCGUUACGAAAACACAGCUUUACGCUUAUCCUUUAUAUGUAAACUGUACGAUUUAGUAAAAUGUAGCCUAUAUUAAGACAUUAAAACACAACAGCACUGCCAGGUUAUUUUAUAUUUAAAAUGUAAGUUUCUAAGUGUUUUUAUUGUAUAAAUUGUGUAAUUUCUGUAUAUAAUUAUUGUAAUAAUGUUCCUAUGAAACAUACUGUAUAAUAUUUAUAAGAAUUAUUAAAAAAUUUGUGUGAUAA